UCAGGAACUUUAUCUGGCUAGUAAUUGCAUCGGCACGCUGCCUUUCUUGUGCGUGCGUGUGGGCACUUGGUGAGCAGGGCACAGAGCUGCCGGGUCUUUGUGCUAGCAUCCGUGCACAAGGAUGAAUUAAAUGCCUGCACAUCUCUGUGAAGGACCAUGGCUGGAUUCUACAGUUGCCUGAGAAGUGAGAAGUAAGUGCCAUGCGGAGCCCUCCCCUGCACCACGUGACUAUAUCAUGGCUACGGGGCCAACAGAUGUCAUACAGUCACCUGAACCAGGGGAGACGGCCGAAGAGUACGCAGGCAAGAAAAAAUCCAGAUUUCAGACUUUCAAGAAUUUCUUUGCCAAGAAGAAAAGGAAAGAACCUCCACCUCCCAGGGGGGAGAGUAACUUAAAACCUAGCCAGUCCAUCAGGGAUGUCAGCAUCUAUGUGCUCGAUGCUAACACACUUCAUUCACCGAAGGAGGCCGGGCCCAAAGGAAACAUGGGAAACAAAGCCUUGUCCCAUGACAGUGUCUUCAUUUUUGAGUCGGUAUCAGGAAGUGCAGCAGGUGACACGUCAUCUCAGGAAUGCAUACCUGGAAAAGUGAAAACUUUGCAGCUUCAGCUGCAGCAAAACAUCAGGCUUGGAUCUCCUCCACUUGUUAUCACUGGAAAGAAAACGGAAGAUGCCGGCACAGUUUCGGAGGAUGAUGGAUUGCCCAGAAGCCCUCCUGACAUUUCAACCCUUCAUGAAGUUCUGACCGAUUCACCAAGCAAGUCCUCCAACCCUGUUCAGCGUCAUAGCUCUUUGAGUUUAGGCGGGACAGACAGUGAAGAUGAACAGAUACCUUCUGGAGCUUCCUCUAGGCCCAUUAGUCCUUCAGCCUCUGCUGCUCUCGGGGCUGCAGGCUCACGGGGCAGCAGCUCCCUUCCCAUUGACUUCACUAUCCCUGCCAGCCCCAUCAGCUGCCUGGACACCUCUGCUGCCCGGCACCGCAUUGCCAUCAACCCCCGGAAACAAAAGGGCUUUAUCAGCAAGAGCCAGCAAAGCCAGGUGGAACACACAGAGAAAGAAGCGUGCUUCCCUGCAACUCCAGAGAAGAAGGGAAAUCCAACAGAAUUAUUUGAGAGCAACCAGCAUAAAAGCAAUUGGGAAGGCUUAUCAGCCCAUGUGGAACAUAAUGCAAAGGGAGGUGGUUCUAAGGAGACACCAAGUGUAAAAUAUCCUGCUGAUGCUGACCCUGACUCCUGCAGUUCCACACUUGUUGCAGAAGACUCUUGUACUCUGCUGCAAGAAGAUGCGUGCCUUCCAGAUAUGGACCAUCGAUGUAAUGCAGCCACAUCCCUUCUGAAACCUGAGUCUCCUCCAGUGAGCCUGGGGGAACAGCACAGUGCUGCAGUGCCACACUGUUCAGAUGAGGCUGCUGGGGAACUGAAAUUACAUCAGCAAAAUACCAAUAUGGAAGUAUGUGCACUUCCAAAAUCUCAGCAGAUUGAAGCAGGAGCUGUUGUGCUUCCAGGUGUACUAGCAGCUGACUCAUGUAGCAGUGGCAUGGAAAUGGAGAGUGUAAAUGUAUUGGCAUAUGGUGCACAAAGGUCCCCAGCAAAAUCUGUGGACCAGAAUGCCAAAGACCAGGAAAAGGAGGGUACACUAUUUAUUGGCAAAGUAGAAGCUUCUCUGGGUACUAAUGAGAGCUGUUGCAACCAGUCUGUCUUAGAUACCGCUCUGAGCACUUCACAGGUUGCUGUAGCUGAUUCAGAGUCUUCUUCUGAUGCCAAGACGGUGGCUGUUUUGAAGUCUGAAAACAGCUCAGCAACAAAAAAUGACAAUGAAACUUGUGCAAAUAAGGAAUUUCAGCCAUCCAAAGGCAACGCAGGAAAAAAAAUAGACACUGCUGUGUCUGUGUUAGAAGCAGGUUGUGUGCUACCUCCCAGCAAAUUAGAUGUAUGCUUUACAGCAGAAAUACCUUGUCCUGUUUCAAAGGAUAACCACGUCAGUCAGCAAACCUGCACAUCAUACGCUUUUGAAAAACUUUCCAUUGAAAGUCUGGCCUCUUCAAGUGUGGCUGGAUUGACAUGCAAUGUCUCUUCUAAUGAUGACUGUAAGGAGUUCCAGGUAAGCAGCGCAGUUUCUCACAGGAAAUCAGAGAAAGACAGUCAGUCCUCAGAAGCAAAUACACAGAGCCUGCUAAAGACUGCUGCUGCGAAACCAGUUAGGUUUACCAUUGCACCUGCAUGGCAAAGAUCUCUCUCGGGGGGUUCAAAUUCAAAAGAAGAUUCCUAUACCAGAAGUUCCCCAACCUCCCCUAUAAGACCGGAAUUAUUUGAAGGAAUAACAAAAGAACAUGCAGUCCAGGAUUCAAUGAAAAACAACUGCAGCAGAUUUGAUCGAGAUUAUAAGGAUGGUGAUUUGCAUUUGAAUUCUUCUCUGGAUUGGGCUGACCGUGAAGCAAAAAAUGUUGAAAAUCCGUUUGGGGUCAAACUGAGGAGAACAUCUUCUUUACUGAAGUACCAGAGUGAAAGCCGUGCUGAGUCUCUGAAGUUGCUUCCCUCAGCUGCUCUCACUGCUUCUGCAGCUGUCAAGGAGGAUCAGAAGCCAGCAGGCGUUGGGAAGCCAGCUCCGAGCCUUCCUGUCAGCACAGCAUCAUUUUUAAAACAAGCUGAUCUAGAAGACAAAAGUCCUCCCAAGACAAGAUCAGAAGAAGGGACAAAGAAGCAAAACAGUACUAAACCUUCAGAAAAAGUAGCCUCUCUACAUUUGGAAACCGCUUCCUCUGAGCCGGCUUGGAUCUCCAUGGCAAAACUAAAACAAAAGGGUUUCCAGGGCCACCCUCUUGCCAAGGAACAGAAGGCUGAAGAGCAAACCUCGAGCAAAGCUGAUCAAGAGGAGGUAGAGGAGCAAGUUGUCUGUGGUAGUGAGAACACACAGAAGAACAUGCCUUCUAGCUUGAGGCCUCAGGAGAAGAAACCACAAACGAAGACCAGUGUGUGUGCUGCAGCAGGUAAAGUUGGAUCUAUUGCUCAGGAAGCAUCUGUGAUUCCUGCUGUUGAAAAGGAAACAAGACACUCUUCUAACCUGCCAAUGACACCAUGCAGUCCUGCUGAACCACCCUGGCUAUCCCUGGCCAAGAAGAAAGCCAAAGCAUGGAGUGAAAUGCCCCAGAUUGUACAAUAGCAAAUGACACAGGCAUCCUUCUUUGUAUCGUCAAUAGCUGCAUUAACUCCAUUUAAAUCCUUCUUCACUGUGAUCAUUUUUUUGAGAAACUAGAGCCUUAGAACUUUUGUUCAGACUGCUGUAUGUAAAUACACAGUGAAGAAAUGCCAUCCGGGGCUUCAUUUUGAAGUAUUAGCAAGUAGAGCAUUUUCUACUACCAACUACUAGGAAAACUUGAUCAUUAUGUUAUACGCUUACGUAUUUGACUAAAAGACACUGAUGCUCCAACAAGACAUGCUUCAGGCUUUUGAAACAUUUCCCUUGCUAAAUAUGUUUUUAAAGUUUCCAUGAACGAUUUAGUGUUUUGUGCAAUGUGGUUUUGGCUAAGGAAUUACUGUAUGCUAUAAAAUAGAUAUGAUGCUGUACACUGAUGCAUCAUUGUGACUCACGGGCAUUGAUGUCAUCACACUUGUGUGUAAUCAUUUAAGACGGGCAGUCUGCAUUUGCUUCUGACUGCUAAUGGACCUAUUUUGUGAUAGCUGCGGGAUCCAAACAGCACUGUGGGUUGGAGUAAUUUUGACGUCUGGAUAAUUUGAAAUCACAGUGCUGUGGGUCGUGUGCUUUGCUCAGCAGUGCCAGGUGGAAUGACCCAGAGCCACAUGCAUCCUUUCCUCUCCUACAUGCUAGAAAACCACCAUGCUCUAGCAGACACUGGUAUGUUUGGAAAUCUUGAAUAGUCUCCUUCCUUUAAUUAUGGCAAAGAGUGUUUUCUUUUUUGUGAGAUUCAUCUGCAAACUCUCUCUCUUAAAGAAUAGUGUGGGGAUGGAAACUAUUUGCUACCUGGAAAGUGAUACCAUGUUUUUAACAAAGGCCACUCCAUUUUUCAUGUUCUUGUGUGAUUAAGGGGCAGCUACUUUCCCCUGUGCAUCAUCUGUCUUUAACUAAUAACUCAACAUCAGUCUAAAAAAGCCAUCAUUGAAGGAAGCGGGCUAUUGAAAGAAAAACUUUCUGAAAUGAUGCUGGUGGCUUAAAGGACAGUGGCACCUACUGCUCCAUUUUGUUUUUUUGCAGCAUUGCACAUUUAUAAUUCUUGUUUACAGUCAGUGUAAAAUUUGAAGGCUAACUUGGCUGAUGGGCAGCUUUCAGCUGGAGAGGUGGUAGUAUUUUUGAGGGAAAAAUUAUAAGAUUAACUGCAAAACAAAAAAUAGGCUCAUUAGGAAGACUUCAGUCUUCCAGUUUUGGCCUGAAUUUAAAUAUAUAUAGAUCACAAUAACUGAAAACAGCAUUAAUUAGGAGCUACAUUGUGGACUUUUCUGUAUAAGUGAAAACUUACUCAAGUGGGCUCACUGAAGAUAUAGAUACUGUUUGUUUCAUGCUAACAUAAAAAAAAGAGUAGGAAUUUCACUGCUGGCUUGUUAAUCCAGGCCUAUUUUACUACUUGCUUUCUUUAUUUUAACAGUAAUUUCUUUGUUUGCAAAGAUCUGAAGCAUCCGUAUGUCUCUGAAGCUUUUAGGUGUAACUUAAGUGGACACACUCAGCUUUGAUUCCUGAAGUUCUGUCCAGCUGCCAUCCCAUCAGACUCUUACUGACCCUGUGUAAAAUACAUGUAUUUCUUUACUCAGCAAACUCUUCUCUUGGUUAGUGUGGAUUGUGGUCCUUUCCCUAAAGUAAUGCAAAUGUUACUAGAAUCUCUCUGUCCCUGCUUUUGCUUUUGCUCUUGUUUCCUUUAUGUUUGGAAUGUACAUAUGCUUUUGUAAUCCUUGUCUUGAAGGAACCCCUUUUGUAAUUCAUUCUCAUUUUUAUUUUACUAUUAAAUGUGGUCAUCAAUGGUGAUGAUGCAACUCCUUGGAAACAGUGAGCUGUAUAUGGCCCUUGUUCAUUAAGGAAAAAAAUAAAAAGAGGUAUUUGCUUAAUA